GACUCGUUCCGCAGGAAUCGUCAGCGAGGGCAGGUCGGUAAAAAGAUGAGACCGCGGAGACCUCUUCCCAGAUAUUGCGCACACUUCCCGCCUCGGGCCGAGCUGGCAAACCCCCCCAUCGGCUCUCUUUCCCUCAGUCUUGCAGAGGACUUUACAUCGGUCUCAUAUUUCGUCUUUCAGAGGUUUCGUCGAAAAUGCCCGAGUGUCCCAAAUGCGGAAAACCUGUCUACUUCGCGGAGAGGAAGACGUCGCUUGGCAAGGACUGGCAUGGGUUUUGCCUGAAAUGUGAGAAAUGCAACAAAACCUUGACCCCGGGUCAGCAUUCGGAACAUGAAGGGAAACCCUACUGCACCACUCCUUGCUAUGGAGCCCUCUUCGGGCCUGGAGGUUACGGCCGAGGAGGAACCGAGAGUCACGUGUACAAAAAGAAGUGAGAUGGCGAUCGGGUCCAUCACGCUCCUCUUCCCGCAUUCCAAAUACCCUAUCUGACACUCCGUUCAUCUAAUGACUCCUCUUAAGUCUUCCCAAUGACAGACAUGAAUGGCACAAAAACGAUUCCCAUCAUUUUAUUUUAUUUUUGGCACCAUCUUCUUGUUUUCAUGUCAGUUUUGUACAAAGUAUAAAAUGACCAUCAGAUUCUUCCACAAACGAAAAUGCCACAUCUUGGUUGGAGAGCUCUGUGCAUAACAUGAUCAGGGAUGAGAACAGUAUCAAGAUGGAUGAGAAGUGAAUGUAGUGCAAGCACGCUGAAGUGUCUUUUUCAGUCUUAAAGCAGUCAGACGAGAUCCUGGAUGGCUUCUCCAGCAUUCCACCAUCCCCUGUACCACUGUCAACACCACCUGACAAAAUCAAACAAUUAAUCAAUUCUAGAUGCCAAUGUUCUAAUUGAUACAAAAUCAGAAUAGGUUUGGUUUCUUAGUCCUGGUUGCAGGGGCCUGAAAUUCUCCCUUGUACUAGGGCAAUGGGAUAGGUCAAAUGAGUCAGAUUAUCUUGGAUGAAUGAAUGGAAUGCAGAUGUAUGUAGGUGCAGAUGUACAGGGUGUAGUUAGUUUGUGGCAAUCCCAAAGUGUCACACUCCCCCCCCCCAAUAGAUUAAGGUUUAUUUCAUUGUUGAUGUGGCUUCAAGUGCAAGUAAGAGUAAAACUGAAAGCUAAGUUGGUGUGAGACCCCAUCAUAUUCAUCCUAGCAAACAACUCAACAUGAAAAGCUCAUUGGUAGUGAUAGCUUUCUACCUAUAAUGAACAUGUUCGUUGACUUAAUUGAUUGCUUGAGAAUUGAUCAGAGUUCCCUGUGUUCAAGGAAUUUGAUUUAAAAAAUACUUGAAUUUCCAUAUGAGUGGAAAGAUGUUAGAUAGUGAAAGAUAUUCACAUUGAAUGUUUCUGACAAGGUGUUAUUGAGCACUCAAUACUUGGAUGGACUGUAAGUCACUAUGCUUUCUAUUUGAAGCCACAUAAGCAAUGCAGUAAGCCAUAAUUAGUUACACACUAGCAGCCCUUGUGAAUUGCUAAAAAAAAAAAAAACUACCAUGAAUUCCAUAACUGAAUAUAAAAAAAUGGAAAGGGAAUGUCUUGACAUUGACUUGGAAUGUAGGUAUGAGUAGAAAUGCCUCUUUACCCCUACCCUUGAAACUUCAAUGAGUACUGUCUAAGGCUAGGACCAUACCUUUAACUAUGCCUACUCUCUUCCAAAGCAAGAAUCUAUGUGGAAUCCUGGAAUUUUGUCUGUCUCUGUCAUGUUGAUCAAUGAAUGUUGAAGUCUGCAUAUGAUUUUUUUGGUUCAAGCUUUCAGGGGAGCAAGAGAUGACAUGCUGUAAAGGAUAAUUUCCAGUCAACACAAUUAACUGGAAGCUUGGAGUUCACCAGGCCCAUUUGUCCUAGCCUAUCCCAGGCUGAUUUCUUUACACUCAAUCAACAUGCCUAACUCUUUCUGAAUAGUACAUUUCUCUCCUGCCAAUUGAUGUACUAGUCUUGUGCUAUUUUGGUUCAGGUUCUGGAACUCUAUCUUAGUCAUCAGGUACAGUGGUAUUACAGGCACCAAACAUGAUGCUAAUGCAUAAAGAAAAUAUUGAUGGCAAAGUGAGCAGCCCACCAUGCUUUCAACUUGUUUUGUGACUGCCCAGACUAAAAUAUAAAAACUGGAUUGUGAGGAAAACAUAUUCCUAAAAGGGCUUGCACCAAUUAAUUCCUCGUGUGUUUCCCAUGGGGGAUCAUGAUGUAGGGACCCAGUCACUUAUCAAAUGAGAUGAGCACAUGGUAAGUAAGCACAGUAGUUUAUCAAUCUACCAGGGUCGUGCAAAAAGUAGGC